AUGCUCGCUUCUCCUUGUCGGCGACCUAAGCCCCGUUACAUUGAUCCAUCCUCCCAAACUUUGGAAGAACUAGCGCUUUUCUCUGGACCACACAAAAUCCUCCCAAAAAUCGGACCAACACAUCCAACAAAUCAAUUGCAAAAAUGCCAUCGUAAGGUACUUGGUUUACAUUCCAUUUGUAACACCAACAUUCUCUCAUGGGAACCUCCGCCACUAUUGUCCUUCCCCUAUAAAUACCUUAUCUCACCACCCCCAUUUUUCACGGCUACAAUGAACGGCGACACCCUCAACCACCGUUCCUCACUCCACACCAACACCACCAACCUCAAAGACCACACACUUGCUACGUCUACCCUCGAAAAGGCAUGCACUAAAUCUAAUGCCUCCUCAUUAUGGUUGCGGCGGAGUUGGGUUGAUGAGCUACGGUGGCGGGUUGGUGAAGUGUCGUUCAUGAAAUGGACGGCAGACGAUGUGUCGGCUGUGUUGAAGUUCCACCCAAUACCGUGUUUACUGGCUGUAUUUUUGUUGUUUUUCAUGCGCGUGGAGUACACUCUUCCAAUGAUUCCUCCGUCUUCACCGCCGUUUGACAUUGGCUUUGUGGCCACCGUCCAGCUCCACCGCAUUCUUUCCGGCAGCCCUGUACUCAACACCAUUCUCGCCGGACUUAAUACGGUGUUUGUGGGGAUGCAAACGGUGUAUAUAAUCGGAACGUGGGUGGUGGAGGGCCGGCCGAGAGCCACAAUUGCGGCGCUGCUGAUGUUCACUUUCAGGGGCAUUUUGGGUUAUUCCACACAGCUUCCUUUGCCUCAGGGAUUUUUAGGUUCCGACGUCGACUUUCCGGUUGGAAACGUAUCGUUCUUUCUAUUCUAUUCCGGUCACGUAGCUGCAUCAGUUAUAGCAUCUCUCGACAUGAGGAGGAUGCAAAGGUCGGAAUUGGCGAUUCUUUUCGACAUCUUCAACGUAUUACAAUUUGUGAGGUUGUUGAGCACCAGAGGCCACUACACCAUCGAUUUGGUAGUCGGAAUCGGUGCGGGCAUGUUAUUUGAUUCCAUAGCCGGAAAAUACAUCGACAAAAGCCACAAAACACCCACAAUUGACCCCAAUUCCAAUGGCGAUCGUAAGGUCUUCCUUGCGUCUCCAAAGCUCGGAAAUGGGACACAAUGA